UUUUCUUCUUUAUUAUACCAUCUCUUUUGUGUUCCUCGCCGAGUUGAAUUGCCCACGAUGUUCAAACUCGUCCGUAGCAAUCCAAUUGCUGCGACUUUCAGAGCCUCUGCAAGGACGCCGAUUCCUAGUCGCUUUGCCCAGCAGCAAAGAAGAAACCUCUCCAUCCAUGAAUACCUCUCCGCAAACCUCCUGAAAACAUAUGGGGUAGGCGUUCCUAAGGGCGAAGUUGCCCGAACCGCAGAGGAAGCAGAAGCUGUAGCCAAACAGAUUGGUGCGGAGGAUCUGGUGAUUAAGGCUCAGGUUCUCGCCGGUGGCCGAGGGAAGGGCACUUUUGAUAAUGGCCUGAAGGGUGGUGUGCGCGUUAUAUAUUCACCGACUGAGGCCAAGAUGUUUGCGGAUCAGAUGAUCGGCCACAAGCUCGUCACUAAACAAACCGGCGCCCAAGGUCGCAUCUGCAAUGCCGUAUAUAUCUGCGAGCGCAAAUUUGCCCGACGAGAAUUCUACCUAGCUAUUCUGAUGGAUAGGCAGACUCAAGCACCAGUCAUCGUUUCUUCAUCACAAGGUGGUGUAGAUAUCGAGACAGUCGCCAAGGAAACGCCCGAUGCCAUCACCACUACCAGUGUCGACAUCAAUGUCGGUGUCACGGAUGAGAUGGCAAGGAAUAUUGCCAAGGACCUGGGAUUUUCGGAACAAUGCUUGGAAGAAGCCAAGAAUACCAUUCAAAAGCUUUACAAAGUCUUCAUGGAGAAGGAUGCCACACAAAUCGAGAUAAACCCUCUUUGUGAGACUACUGAGCAUGAAGUUCUUGCCAUGGAUGCUAAGCUUGGAUUUGAUGAUAAUGCCGAAUUUAGACAAAAGGAAAUUUUCUCAUGGAGAGAUACUACCCAGGAAGACCCGGAUGAGGUCAAGGCUGCGGAAUCUGGAUUGAACUUCAUUAAAUUGGACGGAGAUAUUGGGUGUCUGGUCAACGGCGCUGGCCUUGCAAUGGCAACCAUGGACAUUAUCAAACUCAACGGUGGCAAUCCCGCCAACUUCCUCGACGUUGGUGGCGGUGCUACCCCACAAGCUAUUAGAGCUGCUUUCGAGCUAAUAACCAGCGACCCCAAGGUCACUGCCAUUUUUGUCAACAUUUUCGGUGGUAUCGUUAGAUGUGAUGCCAUCGCUCAAGGUUUGAUCAAUGUUGUUAACGAAAUGAAUCUUCGCACACCGAUUGUCGCACGUUUGCAAGGAACCAACAUGGCUAAAGCGCACGAGCUGAUCAACGAAUCCGGCCUCAAAAUCUUUUCCAUGGAAGAUCUGCAAAAUGCCGCUGAAAAAUCUGUCCAGUUCUCCAAAGUCGUCAAAAUGGCCCGUGAUAUCGACGUGGGCGUAGAGUUCUCGCUUGGUAUUUAAAUGAAAAGCCACAUGGUCUCUGAGUUGUGCUAUUUUCUUUCUUCCAUUCCUCUCCUUUACCGUUAUCUGUCUCCCUUGUUCUUGAUACGCUCCGCGCAUACGUCACCAUGUCUGCAACCCGCCCAACCCCCGGGGAUGUGUAUUUGUAUACGUACGUAUUCAUGAUAACGAUUUCAGCCUCCUGGUUCUCUAAUCAAUACGGUACACACCCACGCGCACACGGUUUCUAGCUGCCUGAUGCAGGAAACCAUGCUCUCGUUUGUGACACUAUGUUUAAAAGAAACUGCAAGUGGUGUUCCUGGGAGUAUGCGACAGCGCGUGCAACUCUGCAUUCUUAACAGUAAACCUCUUUCGACAUCAAGAACAAGGUUAUCCCCUCUUGCAUAACUCUUUGCCGCCUUUCAUUUCUACCUCCUUAAUUUAGAACCCGUGGGAUGCCUAUGUGAGGGGUUCUCUGUUUUUCUGUGUGAUUUUCUGGAUAAAAUAAACUUUUACGGUGCUGUGCAAGCUCCGCACCGCCCACGGCCCUACCCCCUUUUGUGCCGUUGUUGCCAUUGGAUGCCAUUACCCUUUUCUGUUGUACCUUAUUACCUUUUAGAGUUUGUUAUUUUCGCAUAAGUGUACUUAUGUAUUUUCUUAUUUACUGCUUUGCUUGGGCUUAUGUGCAUUCUUGGACCAUGUUCUACUCUUAUUUCCCCUUUCUACUCAAUGUAGAGUGGACUGGCUAGUUGAAAUAUCAUCAUUGUACAUUUCUAGAAUC